GAACAGCUGUACUGCCCUGGCUUUCGGGUGUGAGUGCUUGCUGGCCCGCUAUCUUUCUCAUUCCGCCACUGUUGCAAACGCAGCCCCGGCUACCAGGAGACAAGCCCAGCUCUCCGGCUCGUCGCAGGGAUUGCUCGCCUCAUUUGGGGUUUUUUUUUUUUGGUUUUAAAAAUUGGGUUCUCCGUGUUUUCCUUCUCUUAUUUUUGGACAGCUGGAGUCGAGAGCUGAGGGUGCGGGAACAAUCAAUGUGCUGAUGAAUCACGUCCAGUCCCUCCAGCCGGCAGCUGUCCUGCGAAAAGGCAAUGACUGAUCCAAGCGGUGGUCUUCGUUAUCGGCGAUAACCCCGGCGCUGAGGUCGGCUGAGACAGCAAGCGAAGGUGGCUGUAUUUUCUUUAUCUGUGUUUCUCGGUUUGAUGGCCAGACGUGGGACAAACUGAUGCUUCCAAUAGAACUUUGUGUUUCUGAAAGAAAAAUGCAUUGAAGUUAUUUGGAUACAGCUGUCUCUUUGGUUGAAGACAGUUACUGGGUACAUCUCUCCAAACAUACAGUACACAGGACGUCUGUUCUGCAGGCUGAAAAUGACCAGCUAAAGCCAUACAUGAGCGUAAAUGUACCAGAUGAAAGAGAAGAAUGACAGUCUGAUGUCUGAGAAGACUACCACAGACGACACGAUGAAGGAGGGGAACUUGUUCAGGAGGAGGUUUUCUCUGUGUCCACCUACUACCACCCCACAGAAGAUCGACCCACGCAAGCUGACCAGAAACCUCUCGUUCGGAGGAGACAAUGACAUCUACCCUCUCAGCCCAGGUAGCGAUACUGAGAGGAAUGGAUUGCCGGUGCUGAGAGAUGACGUCAGCCCCACUCAGACACCCAAUAGCAAGGCUGAGUCGAAGGUCUUCAAUGGCCAUGACAAGGAAUGCACCUCCCCCACAGAGAGGCUGGCCAAGAAAGAGUCUCUGAAGGUCCAGAAGAAAAACUACAGACAAGAGAAGAAGAGGGCGGCGAAGGAACUGUUCAGCGCUCUGAAGGACCCCAGUGUUGUCAUCAUGGCCAGCUGGCUUAAGAUCCGUGGCACACUGAAGAGCUGGACCAGGCUGUGGUGUGUGCUGAAGCCCGGAGUUCUCCUCAUCUACAAGACCCCGAAGGUGGAUCACUGGGUGGGGACAAUUCUCCUCAAUGCCUGCAAGCUCAUCGAGAGGCCCUCCAAGAAGGACGGCUUCUGCUUCAAACUCUACCACCCCCUGGACAAGUCCAUCUGGGCCAUGAAGGGUCCCAGAGGAGAGAAUGUGGGUUCCAUCACCCAGCCCCUCCCCAGCAGCUACCUGAUCUUCAGAGCUGUGUCAGAGUCUGACGGUCGCUGCUGGAUGGAUGCUCUAGAGUUGGCCCUGAGCUGCUCCAGUCUCUACCAGCUCACCGCUUCCAAAGCCAGCCGUGAUGGGGACCUGAGCUUCUCCUCCGAGUCUUCCCACAUCCUCGGCCUGCUGCAGUCUUCCACCCUGUACGAACACGAGCUCUUCCAGUUGAAUGAGUCAAUGCUGGAAAAUCACCACAUGGAAAACGAUGGCUAUUCUGACAAGUCAGAGAGGGAGGCUCACGAGGAGUCAGACACCGGGGCUAAUGAGAAUGGGCAGAGGCUGACGGAAGAGAGUGACACAGACCAGUCAGACACGCUGGGAGACCUGUCCCCCGGCCUUCAGGCCACUGCUUAUGUUGAACAGCCCCAGGAGGAGAUGGCAGAGGCAGGGGAGGCCUCCCAGACCGAGACCGUUUCGGAGGAGCACAAGGGCCUGAUCUGGACCCUCCUGAAGCAGCUGCGCCCCGGGAUGGACCUGUCCCGCGUCGUCCUGCCCACAUUCAUUCUGGAGCCCCGCUCCUUCCUGGACAAGCUGUCCGACUACUACUACCACGCCGACUUCCUGUCCCAAGCUGUCACAGAAGAGAGCCCGUACUGUAGGAUGAAGCAGGUCCUGCGGUGGUAUCUGUCUGGCUUUUAUAAGAAGCCAAAGGGACUGAAGAAGCCGUACAACCCCAUUCUCGGGGAGACAUUCCGCUGCUGCUGGCUCCACCCCCAGACCAACAGCUGCACCUUCUAUAUUGCAGAACAGGUUUCCCAUCACCCCCCAGUGUCCGCCUUCUACGUCUGCAACAAGAAAGACGGGUUCUGCAUCAACGGAAGCAUCCUGGCGAAAUCCAAGUUCUAUGGCAACUCUUUAUCUGCCAUCCUGGAUGGGAAGGCCAGGCUUGUGUUCCUCGCCCGCGAUGAGGAAUACGUCAUCACCAUGCCCUACGCACACUGCAAAGGUAUUUUAUACGGCACAAUGACAAUGGAACUAGGAGGAAAAAUAACUAUUGAUUGUGAGAAAACCAAGUAUAUAGCGGAACUGGAAUUUAAACUAAAGCCUUUCCUCGGCAGUUCCAGCAGUGUGAACCAGAUUUCAGGAAAGAUUCGUGUAGGUGAAGAUGUGCUGGCCACUAUCGAUGGACACUGGGACGGGGAGGUGUUCCUGCACGAGAAGAAGACAGGCCACCACGAGGUGUUCUGGAACCCCAGCCCCGAGGUGCGCAGGCAGCGCCUCAAGAGACAGGUGGUCCAGCUGGACCAGCAGGGAGAGUUUGAGUCCGAGAGGUUGUGGCAACAUGUGACGAGUGCGAUAAAGAGCCACGACCAGCACAAAGCCACUCAGGAGAAGUUUGUCCUGGAGGAGGCCCAGCGGCAGGCGGCCAAGGAGAGAGAAGACAAGGAGUGGCUUCCACAGCUCUUCCAGCUCGACCCCCUCUUAAACGAGUGGCGCUACAAAUAUGCCGAUAUCAGGCCCUGGGAUCCUGAGACCAGCCUGGUCCAGUUUGAGAAGAAUGGGGUGAUCCAGACCAAGGAGAGGCGGCCUCAGAGGCCAAAUGGCCUGACAUACAUUCAGAACCGAGCAGCAAAGCAAAAGGCCCAGAAAGAGAGCCAGCGCAGGAAGACCAGCAGCCAGCCGUCCAGCUGCAGUCAGAACACGGAGAGCAGCAGCACUACACCGGAGCCCCACCAUGAGUCCUCCGACAACGAAGCAUUCAUGACCCAAUGCUCCAGAUGUAACAAAGAAGUCAAGGAUAUUGCUGAAAUUGAGGCUUCCAUAGCAUCGAUACAGAAGACCCAACAGGAUAUACAAAGGAACUUGUGCGGCCUGAGUCAACAAAUGUUCCGGCGAGGACAUUCUCGGGAGAGCGUUAAAGCGAACAGCCAGCACUGUCUCAUUCUGUGUAUCCUGCUGCUGUUUCAGCUCUUCAUCAACUUUGUCUUCAAAUGACAGACACUUCUGCACAGCAAUAAAAGAACCGCCACCAGUCAGAUUUGGAAUGCCAGUAGGAGCUGUCCGAUGAGGCACCAAGCACUUUUGGAAAAAAAACAACAAAGAAUAAUUAAAAAUGAAAAACACAUUAUUUUCUAGAUGUGUGGCAGGGCAUUUUAGAGCUCCUUCACAGUAAUAGUGGAUGUGCACUUUUUUAUUCUCCAUUGCAAUACUGAUUUUGGGGCCUCUUGUAGGAAACACUCACAGUUCUGUCCCCCUUUUCCACUUCAAACUUUGGGCCUUAAUGCUAAAGCCAAAAAAAGAAGCAAAACAUACUUCCAUUGUGCAAUUCUGUGUUUUAUAUUAACUUGUACAUAUAAAGUAGGUCUCAUCUUUCAGUAAUGAUGACUUACCAAAACAGUAUUUAUAAUCCUUAAGAAGAGUACAUGUUUACAAGUUUUAAGUUGAUACUGUAUGUGGAAAAUACUUAGUAACACGUUGGCAUCAGUUGCUUCCCACACAGAGCUUGUAGUUCCUACAAUUCAGGGAUUGGAUUAGAUGCUGUUGUUUCAUGUCCUGUCCUUCUUCAGUACUGUGUAGCCAUUGUGAGCAAUCUUAUGACUGAGACACCACAAGAUGCGAGAUCUAGAGUAGUCUGGUCAGGGUUAUGUGUCUGAAGCAGCUUCCCUGCAUUUAGCAAUCUUAAGCAGGGACUUGGGAACUUAUUGAUUAAACCCCCUUAAGGAGGGUUGUUUAGCCCAUGAUCUGGCUGACCCAGAACAGCCUGUGUUGAGCUUCACAAUAUUUGAGGCGUUCACAUGACAGGGGUUCAUGGAGCAAGAAAAGGACAGGCCUACUCAGCCCCCCUGACUUUAGCUGCAAUGAAAUGCACUCUUAAUGGGUCAUGGCAGGUUAAAUUGAGAGAAAAAUGGGUAAAACAAAUGGAAGCUGAUGGGAGACUGUGGCUGAUUCUUCUUAUUUCACCUCAUUGGUGCUUCUGCAUUAAGGGAAGCUGAUACAUGCACAGCAAGACUUAGCAACUCCAAAAUCUGAAAGUUUUAUUCUUUAGGGAGGGAUGCUAUAUCAGCUUUAAAUACCCUUUUCCCACAAGGUUGAAUUUAUGGUCCUUGUAAAAUUUAAAAACAUAAAUCAGAAUCUUGUGCUCAGUCACUGUAUAGUGCUAAUUAAAUCAUUUGCAGACUGACUCAGACUGGGUUUCACUUUUUUCUGCCACUCAUGUUUGUGCUUUAGUUUUUGUUGACAUUUGUUCCCAUUAGCAUUUCCAUUUUAAUAUGUGAAUUUUUGCAUUUUUCCUGAUUGCAAAUUAAGGCUGUGUCCUUGAUAUGUUCAGAGUGACUCAGUCAGCUUUUGCUAAUGCAAACAAGAGGUCAUCAGCACAGUCUUCACAAUCACUUGAAUGCUGGUGUGAGCCAGCGACCAGACUGCAGCACAUGGAAUUUUAAAUACUGUUUCACCAUCAUGUGGUUUUGCCCUGCCAAGCUUAUAACCAUUUCAAAAAAGCACCACAUUAUGAAAACAGUGCACUUUACAGUUAUGCCUCAUAACAGUUUUAUAUUCCGAACCAUUUCCUUCUACAGUGGAAAAAAUGUAAGAACAAUUAUGCAAUGAAGCAAUCCUAGGUGUGUGUGUUUUUUGAAGACGAUAUGGCCAAAGCAAGAGACACAUCUUUAAUCAAGAGCGAUUUCAUACUGACUCUCAUCCUAUUUCAUUUACUAUCCUGUACACAUACUUCUACACAAAAAAGUGCACAAAACGAAGAGCAAAAUGAAAACAAAUAGUUUUGGUACUUUUGGAUUUAAACGAAGAGGCCGUUUGGUUUAUAAAAAAUUAAGUUUUUUAACUUGUUUUGGAUAACAAACGUACUGCCAUCUAAGUAAAUGGAAAAUGUAUGUUUUAUCUACAUAUUCUGUAUAUUCAUAUAUGCUACUGUUAUCUGCAUCCUUUGCAUCUUGACUGGACACAUUGUAAGUCACUUUGGAUAAAAGCAUCUGCCGAAUUAAUAAAUGUAAAAUGUAAAUGUAUUUGUAAUGAA